AUGAUAUUCUUGGAGGAAAUUGAAAUCAACAAUUUUCAAUACAACAAUUCUGGAAAAAAAUCAUUUGUUUCAUUGAGUCUUAAAGACUUGAAAGGAGUCAUUGUUAACUGCACAUUAUGGGAGAGUUACGGAACAAAAUUUGUGGACUUCUACCACGACGAAAAAAACAGUGGUGCUAUUGUAAUAAUACUAACUCAUGCAAUGAUAAAGGAAUCACAAGUCUCAAAUGGAUGGAGUGGAUCUAAGUUGCUUAUUAACGAAGACAUUCCAGAGAUAACUGAGUAUUUAUCAAAGUUACCGUCAAAUGAGCAGACUGAAAAGCCUUCGCAGUCUUCGAAGGGAAUGUCUCUUUGGUCUGGUGCCUCUCAGUUCACCCCAGUCGAAAGUUUCGUUCAUAAGGCCAAGUGUAUUUCUCUUAGUGAACUUUGCAAGGUGAAACAGGCAUCUAAUGUGAACAAUCCAUACAAAUGUUCAUGUGGACAGAAUGUAGAACAUGCCAUACCAAGGUAUCGAGUUGACAUAUAUGUAGUUGAUGGUGAUUCCAAAUUUCGCUUUGUGUUUUGGGACACUGACUGUGCCGACAUUAUUGGAAAGUCUGCUGAUAGUAUUUAUAAAGCAAUGCUUGAGGAAGGUGACGACGACCCAAUGAUAUAUCCAGAUGAUCUUGACAUGCUACUUGGUAAAAAGAUGGCGUUUAGGGCUAAAGUUCAGCCAACAUUUGGCCAAGCAUCUGUUUGGAAACUUUCUUAUGAUGAAGAGUUUGUAAAGGAAAUUGAGAAAGAUUAUAUUACUGAUGAAGGAGAUAGCAAAUCUUUAAACCAAAACCCAGUUGUUGAUCGUGUUGAUGAAUCCAUUGAGUCGUUGUCAGCAUAUGGAGAAAAUGAUCCUGAUAAAAUUGUGACCAAUACUCCAUCCAAAGGAAGUCCUGUUUAUCUUGAUGCUGUAGAUUCUGAAUUACAAGCGUAUGGUACUACCCAGCUCUCAGGAACCAAGCCUGCAAAGAAAGUUAAGAUUGAAUCUGAUGCAUGA